GUGCUUCCCGACCCAAGACGCAGCGCAGCUAUAUCACAGCCAUUGUCACCAGCCCUCACUCGCAGCCAGCCAGACAACCGCUCCGCCGCCGUCGCGCAACCUCUUCGCCUUUGUCAGCCUGACCUUCCAGCGGUCUUGAUGGAGCUUGCCCGGCUACUGGCCCAGUCGCGAUCGCCGUAGGAAGACACCGCGUCUUCCACAGCUAGCGAUAGCCAGUAUGCCUGAGCAGGAGGAGACGAGACAGCGGCUCAACACCAUCGCCGGACCUCCAAGAGAUCUCACGGACGUGUCGCGCGCCGUACUGCGCAGCGAGCAGGCCAAAAGAUGGACCAAGAAAUACAGGACCGAGGUCGCAGCGAGCUCUAGCAGUUUACUCUCGACAGUCGUCGCAUACCCUCUCGAUUCUGUGAAGACGCGCCUUCAAGCCUAUAAGUUCAAUUCAUUCAGCGACUGCGUACGCCACACAUAUCAGACCGAGGGUUUACACGGGUUCUGGCGAGGCGUUUGGUCGCCCCUUGCCAGUAUUACCCUUGUCCGCACCGUUUCUUUCUCGAUCUAUCAGCGUUCUAAAUACACAAUCGACGACUGGAUAUAUCAAGCAACCGGGAGUUCGCCGCUUGUGACCGCAAACACAAAGGGUGCUUGGCCCACAUUCUCGACGAUAUCGUGCUUUGGGCUUGCAGGAGCGACUGCUGGCGCUACGAUAACGGCGAUUGCUUGCCCAUUCGAAUUGACUAAGCUGAGCGCCCAGAUAUCCGUGUUGAUGGCAGAGCGCAACGAUGGCUGUAAACAAAACGAUGCGAUACGGAAGAGUUACCAAAACCUUGGAACCUUCAAGACAGCACAGAAUCUAGUGAGACAUCGAGGGUGGUCGGGCCUCUACUCUGGCUUUCACCUGCACCUGUUGCGAGAUUCUAUUGGUACCGGUAUCUAUUUUGUCACGUAUGAAAGCGUCAAACAGAUUCUAGCCAAUGCACGAGGAACUUCUCCGACACACCCUUUGGCUGUCGUCAUCGCUGGAGGACUUUGCGGUCUUGUCAGCUGGGCAUGUAUCUUCCCUAUCGAUACUGCGAAGAGUAUCUAUCAGCGCAACUGUCUUGUGGGCGGGAAGGACAAGCAGACGAGGCCAAAAAUCCAAUUCCUAAACCCGCGGAUGUAUCGAGGCUUGGGUGUUUCCAUGUCUCGUUCCUGCGUGGUCAACGCCAUUUUCUUCACUGCAUUUGAAUUCACCAAGAAGCGUAUCAACCACAUGGAUAUCGACGAAGAGCUUCUACGCCGAUACGAUGGGGGUGUUGACUGAUUUGUAUCGCACCUGGAAACUGCACUUUUUGAUUGUACAUGCAUAGGGCUUGGAGUAGGGUUGUGCACAUAGGAGCACAGGGGAGUUACUGGCGCCACAAACGGUAUGUAAGGUACCAUUGAUGGGGUACCUGUUUACUUGCAUAGCAUUGAAUAUAAGAUGCACCAUUUCUACAGACGGUUUGCG